AAGGCGCCGUUCUGUCGCCACAGUGACGUCACUAUGGAGACGUUCAAGCUCCCGAUUGGAUGAAACCAUGAACCGAUUUACGUCAAGUGUUUAGUUAAAUAAAUGCAAGUAUACGAGUCUGAUCGAGACUCUACAAGACUAGGCGAAUAAUAGGCUUUUCCUGGACGUAUAAGCCACCAGGUCGUGAACUGUGUCAGCUGAUAAUUUGCCAAUAAUUUCGUGUAAAUUAUUGUGUAUAUUUCAGAUAAAUGAUGGACGAUAAAGAUUCAUGGCAAACGAGUGAUGAGUAAGGAAUAGUAUGUAAAUUGUAUGUACAUGUAGAUUGAGCUGUCUCAAAUGAUUCUUAUCCGUAAAAUUAAAAUUUUGUAAAUAUAAAAUACAUGUCUAUCCAGUUAACCAGAAUGACAAUUCCUGGGGAUGAAGUCUUACCUCAAAUCAUGACGACCGAAAACACAAAAGAAUGGGUAUGGGAUCCUGAAGAGACAACAAGUGCCACUGUCCUUAAACGUGGCAAUCAAGAAGUAUGUUUCCAUCCUAGUUACAGUUCUGGUACAGCUGCUGUACGUGGUAAUAUGCCACUUACUCCAGGGCGAGAUUAUUUUUGGGAAAUUGAAAUGCUUACUCCAUUGUAUGGUACUGAUGUGAUGGUUGGAGUGGGAACUAAGAAAGCAGAUUUAAAAAAAUAUCAGUUUCAGUUUGGUAGUUUAUUGGGCUCAGAUGAAGAAUCAUGGGGUUAUUCUUAUAGUGGAAAUCUAGCUCAUAAUGGAAUAUUGAGAUCGUAUGGCUCAAGAUUUUGUCAAGGUCACACUGUUGGUGUAGCAUUUAUGUCUUUGAAGGCUCAUAUACUUUACCCCAUGGUCUGCUCUACUGCUGCUCGAUCGGCCAUGCGCAUAGUUUGUUCGUAUUCUUGCGCAUCAUCAUUGCAGCUCUCUUGCCUGAAAGCAUUAGGAAGCAAUGAACCCUUGGUCAGGAAAGUGAAAGCAAUUCCUGGUCUUCGCGUGCUUGCAGAAAGUGCUUUCUGGCAGUUCUUCCCACGUUCCAGUCCGUUCAGUAGAGGUGAAGCAGUGAAUCAUCUAUGUAAUCAAGAGGGCCACAUGGAUGAUGAAGUUGAAUUAGAUUAUUCUCAUUCAAUGUGUUCAGGUGAGUUUUAUCAGUCGGUUCCGAUUUCAGUUGAUAGAAGGCAGCCUUCGAAAAGAGCCAGCGAUAGCACGGAAGCUUGUUAUGAACUCCGGAGACAAUUCUGUGUGCAAUGUCGAAGACCUGAAAACACAAAUGAUCAGUCUAGCGGUGAUGAGGCGAGUAGCUCAAAACGAAUGUGCUUUCUUUGUGAUAUACUUUUUUAAAAAUAUCAAAAAACAGUGCAAUUGUGAAGUUAUAACAAACAGACUAGCAUUUGAUUAAUGAUGCUAGUAAGUCUGGGAAAUGUGAAAAAGAAAUUAUCGAAAAUUUAAGUGCUACAUUUUAAAAAAUUAAUAAUAAUAUUGUUAUAGCGUAAUGUACUUUUAGUAUGUUUGAAAUAAGCCAUAUUUUUAUAUGAAGCUGUUUGUAGUAAGUUUCACUUUCUCCGUAUUGAAGGUGGGGACCUGAUGGAAUGGUUAGGUACGCCCAUGCCCAACAGACUGCAUUCAGACUAUCAUGAAAUUGUUAAUAGAGUUGAGCGUACCAUUGAGUCAUUUUUGGACAAUAAUUGAGUUGUACCCAAGUGAUUUCUGAUACCAUGUGCAUAGUGAAUGAAUAAAAAUGGAGAGAGAAAAGAAAAAAACUGUAGUUUGGUUUCUCACUUGAAGGUGACAUCUUUCAGACAUUACAAUUGUUCAUUCAGGAAUGAGUUGCUUAUCUUUUGACAUUAAUGCUGUAACCUGUGAUAUUAAAAACAUGCACUGUUAUUUUGUAGUCAGGUAUUGUUUAAUGUAUUUUGCCAAAAUGAAUUAUAUAAAUCAAUUAUUUUAGAUUUGUUUUUAUCAAAGGAUGUUUCCUUUCAUGUUUAAAUUGUUAGUAAUUUUGAUGUUCAAGUAUGCAGGUCAUAAAUUAGAUUGUUAUUUGCAUACCAAUUUUAAAAUUCCAUAAGUUUGAAUUUUAAAAAAAUUUCAAGUAAUUGGUUUACAGGACACUCCUUUAAAUUAAAUUUUAAAAAAAUUGUCCAAUGAUUCAACUGUAAACUCACAUUCAGAAGUAAUAUGAAAUAGCAAACGUGUGCCAUAAAUGGAGGUCAUAAAAUAUGGAAUUAAUAUUUCAGGCAUUGAUAUCCCCCUACAAUUUGCUCCUGUGUUAAGGUGUUGAAAUGUUGACCGUGUAAUCUGGUUGUGUUGUUCUGGCCUCCAAUUGAUAUCUAAUGAAUAAUAGAUUGUCUUUAAUUUGUGGCCUACAUAUUUGACUCCUACAUUCCUCCCAUCAUCCAACAAUAUAAGGAAAAAAAAAAAAAAUCUUCAUUCCUGCAUUUCACCACAGUAUGUUACAUAAACAUUUGUUGCUGAUUAAAUGAUUAUCAAACUAACAAACUAUUGAAAUUCUUUAUGUUAAACAUUUUCACACUGUUUGUGGCCCAUUUUUACUUUCUUGAUUUAUUACGUAUCAAGUAAAGAGAAAGUAUUGUAAAAAGGCAG